GCCUCGUUUCAACACGCGUUUGCUGAUUGAGCGAGUGUUGCUUUCGCUGGAGAGUUGCUCGCAGCAAGGCAGCAAAUGGCUCCCCUGAAGUGCUGCCAUGUUGGCGGCGGAGCGCCAACAUGGCAGCAGCAGUGACCGAGCAAAUACGUCCGAAUAGCGGCGUCGCCUUUUCAGUAUACGGCUGUUGUUGACUCGUUCGUCUCGUGUAGGCCGGAGCCGCAUUAUUCACGAGACGCCACGCGUGUGCCAGCAAAACGAAUGCGAUGAAGUUGCACUGAAAAGCGGCUGCACCGAUUGUAUUGGCUACCCGGAGAUGUCGGGAGAAGGAAACGGAGAAGUGAAGAAAGUGCGUCCGGAUGAUGUGAAGGCCACGCGGCCGUCCGAGGCGUCGCCGCAGCGACGUGACGAGAUGCUGCGGCUCUACAAACUGCACAUGCCCGAGGACCUCUACCAUUUCUGGGACUUCUGCGAGGAAAUUCACCCAGACAACCCCUGUGGUGCCCUGCAAGACACACUUGGUUUGCAGCUGGUUGGUCCUUUUGAAGUCUUGGCAGGAGCUCAUCGAAACUGCAAGAAUGCUUCUCCUAACUUCCACCUGCACUGGAGAUAUUUCUACGACCCACCCGAGUUCCAGACCAUUCUACAAGGCAGCCAGGAAAGCCAACAUCAUAUGGGCUACUACAGAGAUAAUCCCGACUCCCUUCCCUCCUUUGUUGGCGAGAAUGAAGCUAAGAAGGGCUGCGCUAUAACACAGAUGGGCGACAACGUGUUUGCCGCCGUCCACCUGUUCCUGCGAAGGAAGAAGAAGGAGAAGGGCAGGCGGAAAACGGGCGAAGAAGAUUUGGAAAGGCUGGAGACAAAACUGAAUGAGCGAGCGGAGACUCUCAACUUGUCGCUAGAGCAGAGGACCAAAAGCAUGAAGCAGCGGGACAAGAAGGUUGUCACCAAAACAUUCCACGGUGCUGGAAUUGUCGUGCCCGUCGACAAGAACGAUGUGGGAUACAGAGAACUUCCAGAAACCGACGCCGCUCUGAAAAAGAUCUGCAAGGCCAUCGCCGAAGCUCAGAACGACGACGAGCGCGUCAAAGCCUUCCGCCCGCUCCAGGAGAUGAUCACCUUUGUCCAGUUUGCCAACGAUGAGUGCGACUACGGCAUGGGCUACGAGCUCGGCGUGGACCUUUUCUGUUUCGGUUCCCACGUGAGUCGCGUGGCAUCAAGUAUGCACGCCGCUGACAUCUGCUAUCAGGCCACGCUUACGUUACUUCCUUCAGUUAUGUUUUGUUCUUUCAAUAUCGAUGACCGUGACAAAUUCCCGUCGAACUUAGGUCAUUGUCUCCUCUCUCCCAAAUAGUACUUCCACAAGGUUGUCAAGCAACUUCUGCCCAUGGCCUACAAUUUGCUGAAAAGGAAUUUGUUCGGAGAGAUUCUGGAGGCGCAUCUCGGCAGCCGUCGCCGCGACGACCUGGACCAGCUCUCGUCCGGUUAAAUGAGUCA